GCUUUGCCGCCUUGCCGCCUCGGGCCUAGCGCCGGCAGAAUUCCUGCCAAAAUUUACCUACCACCGCUGCACUUUUCCUGGGUCCCGUCCCAUGUUUGGCAGCAAUCGAUUCAUCAAUCAACAACAGACACAAGCAAAGGGGAAAGAAAAGAAAGCGAAGAAAGAGCUAUCAUGGCGAAACGAAAGAACGAAGCCGUCCACACCAUCCAAAAGGCAAAAGCCCUCAAGAGUCGCAAAGAAGACGAUGCCCCGUCCAGCCCCAAACCACCAACGCCCACUGCAGUGCCAACCAAACAACUCCAAAACAUCAACAUAUCCAAUCCACCCGCAGUCGCAGCCUCCUCUCCUCCAGCAGACUCAAUCACCUUCCAAAUCAUCACCGGCUCCUACGAAAGAGUCCUCCACGGCUUCACCGCUACCAUCCCAUCCACCCUCGUCACGGGACACGACCACACCUCCCUCUCCAUCUCCGACCUGAAAGACCAACCCAAAGUCGACUUCACCGACACCUUCCUCUUCAAUGCCCACGCCUCAGCAAUCCGCUGUCUAGCCCUCUCCCCGCCAUCUACCGAGGCCUCCAAGGUCCUCCUAGCCACCGGCAGCACCGACGAGCGCAUCAACAUCUACUCGCUCUCCAAAACCCCGCCCUCCAAACGCAGCAGAUCCCAGCCAAAACUCCCCUCCCUCCACGGAACCUCCAUCUCUGAGAAUGCCAAAAACAAGGAAAUGGGCUCCCUCCUUCACCACUCUUCCACCGUGACGUCCCUCUACUUCCCAACCCGCAGCAAGCUCCUCAGCGCCUCCGAAGACUCCACCAUCGCAAUCACCCGCACCCGCGACUGGGAACCCCUAUCUACGAUCAAAGCACCCAUCCCUAAAGCCCAGGGCCGGCCAAGCGGUGACACCGCGCCACCAGGCGAAGUCCCAGCGGGCAUCAAUGCUUUCGCCGUCCAUCCUAGCAUGAAACUCAUGCUCAGUGUUUCCCGCGGAGAGAAAUGCAUGCGUCUUUGGAACUUGGUCACGGGUAAAAAAGCAGGCGUCCUCACCUUCAGCAAAGACCUCCUCAUCGCAGUAGGUGAGACGCGGUUUUCGUCCGGCGAGGCGAAAUCCGUAGUCUGGGAUCCCGCAGGCGAAGAGUUCGCGGUCGCGUUUGAUCGGGGCGUGGUGGUAUUUGGUAUCGACUGCGUGCCCAAGUGCAGGAUCUUACCGGAACCGAGGACAAAGGUGCACAAGUUGCAAUACCUCCCCCUUCCCACCGCCUCACCUUCCUCCACAGAUGAUGAGCCUGCAACUACGACGCCACCUCUCCUCAUCUCAACAGAAGACGGGAGAAUCCUCAUCUACAACACCACCCCAUCCUCCUCGGAACAACCCUCCGAACCAACAAAACCCCAAAAGGACAACGCACCCCCGCCCCCAGCACCCCUCUUAGCCCACCUAGGCGGCCCCGCCGCAGGCAUCAAAUCCCGCGUCAAAGACUUCGAUAUCCUGCCCCUUCCCCACUCCUCUUCGUUCCUGAUCAUCACAGGGAGCAGCGACGGUGCGGUCCGUCUAUGGACUCUUGACCCCGGGGACAUUACCCGCUCCGCCCGUGACGAAGGAACGAAUGCUAGCAGCGCUGGCAAGGGAGCGAGCAGUACCAAGGUCGCAAAAGCGAACACCAAAGAAAAAGAAACAGACGAGCAGGAGCAGCAACAAGAGCAAGAAGAAGAAAACGCUUCAACAAACUUCACCACCUCGCAUCAGACGGGCCGCUUGAUCGGCGUCUACGCGACCGACACGCGCAUCACGUGCCUCAAAUCAUUCGAAAUGACGGGCGUGGAUUUCGACGACGACGACGACGACGAUGAGGGACUCGACACUCGCGACCAUCGCGAUAACAACGCAAGUGGGACCGAUAGCGAUAGCAGUAGUGCCAGUGACGCCGAAUAGUCUGGCGAGAUUAGAUUGAGAAGGAGGCUGGAGUGCAGCUUUCAAAAGACGAUAAAAUUAGAUAGAUGAAUUGAUAGAGAUUAGUAAAUAAAGAAAAAAAUAGUUUAAAAAACUUUAUUAUGCAUUACACUAACAACUUUUUAAUCCUUUUUUUUUCUUUUUUCUGUUUAUGCCCCUGUAGGUAAAGAAGAAAAAACAUUUUAAUAACAAUAAUAGUAUAACAAAACUACUAAAAAAAAAAGAGAAGACAUAUAAACCAAAGUAGAAGCUACGUAAAGCUAGAGCUAAGAUGUGAUGUAAGUAGAGGAUAUAUAC